CGUACUUGUUUGGAGGCGGCAGCUAGCUAGGUGGCUGUCUGUUCUGAGCUUGCUGGCGCGAGAAUGGUGGCGGUAGAAUCGAUCGUAUUAGCAGCACUGGGAUGGGUGGCAUCUCCGCUGAUGACGAAGCUGCUCAACGAAGGCUUCGCGAGCGUAGGCGUCGACGCGGAGAGAAAGCUGGAAGAGAUGGAGAAAUACAUCGUCCCGGUGAUGAAAGCGGUGACCGAGGAAGCCGAAGGCAGCCCGCACCGGAGUGAGGUGGAGGGCUGGCUGCUGAGGAUGAAGGACGCAUACGAGGACGCGGAGGACGCGCUGGACCUCCUCCGCUACCACCGCCUCAGACGCGAGGCGGAGGCAGCAAGCAGUAGCACUAGGAGGCGAAUUUAUCAGCUACGCUCUUCUUUUCAAGAAUCAAGACGCAUGAGAUGGGUUGUGCCCGUCUUCGAAGGCGGUCGGGAUAUGCUGUCACCUCAAAAGAUCAAGCUGAAGCACAGGCUGAACAAGCUUGAGAAGAUCGCCAACCAAGUCGAGAAACUCCGCGCGCAGUUAGGCGCCCAGCCUGAUCGGACUGUGGCGCCUGACAGCAGGCGGACCAUCUCGUUGCCCCCGCAAAAAGUGUUCGGCCGCGACGAAGAUCGCAAAGAAAUCAUUCGGCUUUUGAAAAUAGAACCUGCAGCAGGCAUUCCUAUAAUUGCAAUAGUCGGUCGCCCGGGGGUUGGGAAGACUACUCUUGCACAGUACGUCUGCGAGCAGCUGAGGAGCGAAUUAGCAGGCGACGGCAGACAUUUCGAUCUCAUCGUGUGGGUCCACGCAUCUCGCAAUCUCGACACAUCUGAAAUUAUGAAAAAAAUCAUACAACAAGCUUCUACUGCGAGCGAGCCUCAAGAUCCCGUCAAUCCUGAUGAUGUGCCCGGAAUGAUCCACGCCUAUCUUCGCAAUCUCGACACUAUGGUCGUGGGCGACCUUGACUGGCCCGAAGAGCUACGACUGAAGAUGAGCACAAAGCUGAACUCGAAGAUGUUCCUGCUCGUGAUCGAUGAUGUUUGGUGCGACGGGGAAGACCACAAAAAUAAUUGGGAUGCACUAUUCAGAUGUUUAAGCAGAUGUUGUUGUUUGCUGGGGAGCAAGAUUUUAGUUACGUCUCAAACGGACGAUGCGCCGAGAAAGAUUGGUGCUGCCGGGGAAAACAUUUACCGUUUGGAGGAGUUAAGGGAGGAUGGCUUCUUGGAUCUUUUCAUUCACUACGCAUUGCCGAGCAGGGGAAUGGAUUCUUCCGUUCGAGAAGAUUUAGAAGAGAAAUGCAGGACGAUCGCUAAGAAGUUGAACAAGGACGCCACGGCGGCCGAGAUUGUUGGCGAGACGAUCGGUAUGAAGGCGGCCGAGCUCCUUCGUUCGCGGGAUUAUUUGCGUAAAUACUUGCGAACGAUUGCAGAGAAGGACUGGUCCGACAGCCAAACCAGAGCGCUGAUGUGGAGCUAUCAGCAUAUGCCAGCACAUCUUCAGCUUUGUUUCUCGUACUGCAGCCUGUAUCCUAAAGGCUACAAGUUCAAAGCUCUAGAGCUGGUUCAGCUCUGGAUGGCGCAAGGUUUUAUCAAGCCGGAUGAUCAGAAUGAGAGGAUGGAGGAUGUCGGCAACGAUUACCUUGAAAAGCUGGUGUCCCGGUUCUACAUUCAUCAGUCUCAUGACGGCUACUACACGUUGCACGAGUUACUCUACAGUCUAGCAACAAAGGUUUCCAGCGGCGUCUGUCUUCGAAUGGAAGGUAAGAAAGAAAAGAUCCCCUCAACUAUUCGCCAUCUGCGCAUACCGGCUGACAAACUGAACGAGAAUAAGGAGGAAAUCUGCAAACUGAAGAAACUGCGCACCCUAAUCGUCGCGAAAGGAGAAAGCGCCCCCUCAGAAGAAGAAAACAUUGCGACCGGCGUCUUCAACAGCUUACAAAAAUUGCGCGUGCUGGUUUUGGAGUUGAACCUAGAAAAUUUGGCAGAAUUUAUUGGUGAAAUGAAGCACCUUCGCGUCCUACAAGUUUCAGGUACUAGCGAGUUCGUGCUGCUGGAGUCGGUGAGCACUCUUUUUCAGCUAGAAGUGUUGGAAGUAGAAAACGCUAGCUCGCCUCCUAAAUUCCUCAACAACUUGGUCAGCUUGAGGUAUCUUCGGCCUCCUGGCAUAGCCGAUAUCGGCAAGUUAACUUCCUUGCAAGGCCUUGAAUAUUUUCAGGUGAGAAAGGAAAGAGGAUGUGAGCUGGAGCAACUACAGAACCUGAACGAACUCCGGGGAUGCUUGCGCAUUGAUAAUCUUGAGAAUGUUGAGAGCAAGGAAAGUGCCAUCGCAGCCAACUUGAAAGAAAAGAAGCAUCUCGAUACGCUCCAGUUGGUAUGGCGCGACGGUGCGGACAGUGUAAAUUCUACUAUGGAUGCUGAAAUUCUCGAGGGUCUCCAAUUGCCUCCCAAUCUAACCAGCCUUCAUCUAGAUGGAUAUCGAGGAGGACGGCUGUGGCCAUCAUGGCCCGAGAAUCAAACAUCCAAUGUUGAAGUACUGGCGCUGAGGAGGUGUGGAAUGCUCGAAGAGCUCCCGCCAAUGGACCAGCUUUACCCUUCUUGCAGAUCGCUUGAGCUCUCGCAUCUUUCUAGGCUUAAAGCAUUACACACCCUUCCUCCGAGGCUUCGAAAAAUCGCAAUAUUUCGUGCGCCAUUUCUCACCUUCGUAACAAAGGAAGACCUGCAAAUGAGGCCGGCCGACAAGAGAUCCAUAAUAAAGGACACGAGGAAAAGGAUGCCGAAAUGGUUCCCACACCAACAUCAAGAGUCUUUAGUCCGCAAUGAAAGAGAAAUGAGGAAUUUCAUAGCCGCAACGAAUGGCUCCGACAGUAAUGAAGCUAGCUCUCGAAAGCAUGAUGAGAGGGUGCCUGCCGCCGACGCAGAUAUUACCGCUGUCCGGGAGAGAUGGUUGGAGAUGCACGAGCGAAAGAUGGAAUUGAUUUACAGCAGACGAAAUGAGGCCAAAUUGCUUCUGCCCUCUACCCUCACUAUGCUCUGGCUUGAGGGAUGCAAUAUUACUAACCACGCAUUGUCGGCAUGCCUACAAACUCUAACCUCACUCACCCGCCUGUCGCUCGUAGAUAUCAGAACGAUAACCCGUCUACCGUCUGUGGAUGCCGUUGCCAAGUUAAAAGCACUCCAAACUUUACGUCUGAGAGAUUGCUGGGCUCUCACUUCCCUGGGUGGUAUAAGAUCCCUCCCCCGUCUCGAAGAUCUCAUUCUAAUCGGAUGCCCCUGCUUGGCCGGUGAAACUGCUUCGCUGCCGUCCUCGUUGCGGUCUAUCCAUUCCGAGUCUUGUGCAAAUGUAGAUGCCAUCCUCACAAAUGCAGAUUUGCCACGCCUAUCUCGUCUUAUGAUUACUCGAUGUCGUAUGCGAGCAGCGUUGUUAAAGUUUGGCAACCUCCGAUCUCUUCGCUCCUUGAUUAUUGAGCAUUGUCCUGGGCUCUCAUCGCUGGCGGAUGUGCAGAAACUACGCUCUCUAAAAUUUCUCAUUCUGCAUAAUUGCUCAAAUCUACAGGAAGUGAUGAAUUUGCCCGGGUCACUCAAAAGUUUAGGAAUACGCGGAUGUCCGAUUUUAGAGGCACAAUCCGUAGACGUCGACCCCCGUUCGCGCGUGCGUAUGCUUGGCGGCAUCCCUGUAGAAGACAACUUCGAAACAUGCUCUGUAAUGUAGAAAAAGAGACAACUGAUGGGCAUUAGCUUCUGAAGAUUGGAAAAAAAAGAGGAGUUUUGUUAAUAGGUAUGUAUAUUACUAUCCCGUGGAUUGUUAGGGGAAAAAAAAAAAGGUUUGUUAAUGGGUUUGUAUAUUACUAUUGUGUGGAUUGUUAAUUGGUGUUGUCAAAGAAUAGGUUUGACCAUCCCAAGAAAAAAAAACCAAAAACAAAAACAAGAGUGAAAAAACCAAAAAAAAAGGUGUGCAUGGUGUGCAUUGAUUGUUGUCAUACAAUGUAGUAUGUUUUUACUUUUUUUUGUUUGAGUGUAUUAUGUGUUGUAAACCUAGAAUUAUUGUCGUGUUAGUAUGCGAGUGUUUUAAUUUUGUUGUAGACUUGGUUCAGUUUUUCGAACAAAAAAAAAGGAUG